GGAUGAGAGGAGCAAAGGCAAUUUAUCUGAUCCUAUUUUUUGGUCACCUUUCUGCGUUGCCGGAUACGAUAAGGAUUGGUGGCCUGUUCCAUCCCGAAGAUGACAAGCAGGAGGUAGCGUUCCGGUACGCCGUGGAACGCGUCAACGCGGACCGCGCUAUUCUGCCGCGGGCCAAACUGCUCGCUCAAGUUGAGACCAUCUCGCCGCAGGACAGCUUCCACGCUUCCAAGAGAGUAUGCCACCUGCUCCGAAGUGGGGUGGCGGCUAUCUUCGGCCCGCAAAGCGCCCCGGCGGCAGCGCACGUGCAGUCCAUCUGCGAUACCAUGGAGCUGCCCCACCUGGAGACCCGAUGGGAUUAUCGCACUCGCCGGGAGUCUUGUCUCGUCAACCUCUAUCCGCAUCCUGCAGCUUUGAGCCGGGCGUAUGUGGACCUGGUACGAGCGUGGGGCUGGAAGUCGUUUACAAUCGUGUACGAAAAUAGCGACGGUCUAGUUCGGCUUCAGGAGCUACUGAAAGCCCAUGGGCCUUUAGAGCUGCCGGUUGCAGUGAGGCAACUGCCGGACUCACAUGACUACAGGCCUCUACUAAAGCAAAUUAAGAACUCGGCGGAGUCACACAUAGUGCUGGACUGUGCGACAGACAGGAUUCGAGAUGUCCUACAGCAAGCACAACAGAUCGGGAUGAUGUCGGACUACCACAGCUAUCUCAUCACCUCUCUGGACUUACAUAGCGUUGAUUUAGAAGAAUUCAAGUACGGUGGAACUAAUAUAACCUCACUGAGAUUGCUAGACCCCGAAAGGGCGGACGUGCAAAGAGUAGUCAGAGACUGGGUCUAUGAUGAGGCAAGGAAAGGAAGGAAAUUGCAACUAGGCCAUACCUCUGCUAAGGAAAACAUGACCUUUAUAAAGACGGAAACUGCGUUGAUGUACGACGCCGUACAUUUAUUCGCGAAGGCUUUGCACGAUCUGGACACGUCACAGCAAAUCGACGUGCGACCUCUGUCGUGCGAAGCUGAAGACACGUGGCCUCACGGUUACAGUCUCAUCAAUUAUAUGAAGAUCGUAGAGAUGAAGGGCUUAACCGGAGUUAUAAAGUUUGACCAUCAAGGAUUCAGGAGCGACUUCACUCUCGACAUAAUAGAACUCACAAGGGACGGCCUCCAGAAGGCCGGUAUUUGGAAUUCCUCUGAAGGCGUAAACUAUACACGAUCUUACGGCGAAAAUCAGAAGCAGAUUGUCGAGAUCCUGCAAAACAAAACCUUGAUAGUGACGACGAUUUUGAGUGCUCCGUAUUGUAUGCGGAAGGAAGCAAGCGAGAAGUUGACAGGAAAUGCGCAAUUCGAAGGGUACGCCAUCGAUCUCAUUCACGAGAUAUCUAAAAUUCUGGGCUUCAAUUACACAUUCAAGCUCGCCCCUGAUGGCAGAUACGGAUCCUUCAAUCGGGAGACUAAAGAAUGGGAUGGAAUGAUAAGAGAAUUGUUAGAACAGCGUGCUGACGUAGCCAUUGCGGAUCUAACCAUUACAUACGACAGGGAGCAAGUGGUCGACUUCACAAUGCCUUUCAUGAACCUCGGAAUUUCUGUUCUCUACCGCAAACCUAUUAAACAACCGCCGAACCUGUUUUCGUUUCUCUCGCCAUUGUCUCUGGACGUCUGGAUUUAUAUGGCCACGGCAUACUUGGGUGUUUCAGUGUUGCUGUUUAUUUUAGCCAGGUUUACUCCGUACGAAUGGCAUCAAACGCGGUCGCCGGACGGAGAGAAAAUGGAAAAUAUAUUUUCACUCGCUAACUGUCUGUGGUUUGCCAUUGGAUCUCUAAUGCAGCAGAGCUGUGACUUUUUACCCAAGUUCAGCCCGUACGAGUGGGACAGCCCGAGGAACUGUCUUGACGAGCCGCAGGUGCUGGAGAAUCAAUUCACUCUGUUGAACUCGCUGUGGUUCACUAUCGGCUCCUUGAUGCAGCAAGGUUCGGAUAUCGCACCGAAAGCGGUUUCAACAAGAAUGGUGGCUGGAAUGUGGUGGUUCUUCACUUUGAUCAUGAUAUCAUCGUAUACCGCGAAUUUGGCCGCUUUUCUUACCGUCGAGCGCAUGGACUCGCCUAUUGAGAGCGCGGAAGAUCUCGCAAAACAGACAAAAAUCAAGUACGGCGCUUUGAAAGGAGGCUCCACCGCUGCUUUCUUCAGGGAUUCAAACUUCUCGACUUACCAGCGCAUGUGGUCGUUUAUGGAGUCUGCGAGGCCGUCAGUGUUCGCCACCACCAACAAGGAGGGCGAGGAGCGUGUGAUGCGCGGCAAGGGAGCGUACGCGUACCUGAUGGAGUCCACGACCAUCGAAUAUGUGGUCGAGCGCAACUGCGACCUUACGCAGGUCGGCGGCAUGCUUGACUCCAAGGGCUACGGGAUCGCGAUGCCACCUAAUUCCCCAUACCGCACUGCUAUCAGUGGUGCUGUUUUAAAACUGCAAGAGGAAGGCAAAUUGCAUAUUCUGAAAACGAAAUGGUGGAAAGAAAAAAGAGGCGGAGGAUCCUGUAGGGAUGAGACAUCAAAGUCGUCGUCGACAGCAAACGAGCUGGGUCUCGCUAACGUCGGCGGCGUGUUUGUGGUGCUGAUGGGCGGCAUGGGGGUGGCGUGCGUCAUCGCCGUCUGCGAGUUCGUGUGGAAGAGUCGCAAAGUUGCUGUGGAUGAACGGGUGAGUUUAGCCUCACUGUGUUCGGAAAUGGCCUCGGAGCUGCGGUCGGCGCUCAAGUGUCCAAGCGGCGCGGCGGGGGGCAACUCCUCAGGCCCAAGGGACGGGGCCUCCUCUCCAUAUCUGCACUAUGGCUUUAGCACCAAGAGCCAGCUUCACUAGCGGCCAACAUCCGCCUCCUCGUCCCCAAGCGAUGUGUAGGCGAUCAAGGACUUGUGAGAGUGACUGUGACCACCUGAUGAGCUAGCACCGUCCUAGUGUGACAUAAAUAAUUUCUUUCUUACUAGCAACUGUAAGGGGGCAUGCUUUAUAUUAGACACAAGCGGUGCUAGUUCGUUUGAAUCUUGUAAAUAUCUAACUCAUAUCUCGAUAGUACGUACUGUAUAGCUGUAAGGGUGUAAUCAAUGUUAACGUGACAAUUUAGCAGAAUUGAGAGUCUAACUUUAUUAUCAUGUAAAAAGUGAAGUAGUUUAAUUGAAUAUGGACUCGUUUGACACGUCGAUUGUUUUAUUUUAGAAAGUUAAUUUAUUGAAAUGUUUAUAAAUGGUUUAUGACUUUUAUAGUUCAGUGUGCGAGCGCCUUAUAAGGCAGGACCAUUCACAUUCUACGACUUUUGUGUUCGUGUUUCACUGUUUUCUGUAGAGAAAAUUAUUUUACUUACGGUAGGGAAAAGAUUCUAAGUAAAAUUAUACAAACACAAAAGUUCUAGCAUGUAGACGGUCUUGCCUUAUUAGAAAAUUAUCUUCCAUUGAUUUAAUCAAAAUGUUUGAAUAAGAUUAUGUCUCCAGAUAAAUAUAAGUAAUAAUGAUGUUAGAAGAAGGUCAAGUAAAGUUUUUUUUUUUAUAAAAGUUUUGUAAAUAGAUACAAUAAUACUGCCAUUUUUGUGAAAAUAUUUGAUCCUUUAAUGUUGUGGAUUAUAAUAAUUGGAAUAACACCCUUUCAUCAACUGGUGAAAGUUAUCUUUGUGGAUUAUAUUACUGCGGAUUAUUAUAUUAAUUAUAUUACCUACACGGUCUUGUCAGAAAAUGACAGGAUAUAAUGUUGAUGAUAAAAUAUAAUCAUAGAUAUAAUAUGAUACUUGCCAAAACUAAGGCCAAAAAUACAUUUGCACUUUUUUUUACUUUAUUACAAUAAGUCGAUGUAAAACAGGAAAAACUGUAUUCGAAUUCAACAAAUGUUGGAGUUGAAAAGGUAAAUAAUUAGCUAUGUAAAUUGUUUAAGAAUUUUUUUAUUCUUACUAUUUUGAAAUUGUAUAAAUUACAUACAUACCAAACAAAAUUUGGAAUUCGGCUUAACUCAGUGCUACGCUGCCAUCCUAAAAACGGCGGUAAAUAAAGCUAUUUGACCUAUUCAACUAUGGAACCCUAAAAACGAUUCUAAAAGGUCAUACUGGGCUCUAAUUAUAUGUUUUUUUUUUGUUUAUCAAAACAGCUUUUUUAUGAUCUAUUAUGCUGUAAAUAGGCUUCAUGCAAUUUUUCGCCCAUCGCUAAUCGGAUAUCGGCGUCGUUCUGGAUUAAAGCCAAAUUAGAAAUAACUUUAGAGAUACGUGUAUAAAAAGAGCAAUAUAUAAAUGAUAACACAUACAAUAAAAUGACCAUUAAAUUGAAAUAAUGUACUAAUUAGUUUUACCCGACUUCUUAAUAAUAAAUAGACAGGUUGCGGUUUGAGAUUUGACUGAAUGUGCAGAUUACAUAUUAUCUGCAUUGAUCAUUGUACAUAAAGAUAACGAUUGAGAUAAAAAAAAAUUAACGAACAUACUUCAAAGGAACUACCACUACGCAAUUCUCACUGGACUUAGCCUAAUAAUUGUGAAACUUUAAAAUCAACGCCUAAUAAAACGGACAGAUUGCAAAGAUUUGUUCAAAGUAGGAAAGUGGUAAAAGCAAUUUGAUGAUCUGCUCAAAUUGUGCCAAAAAAAACUUCGACUAAAUUUACUACGUAUAAUAAUAAGUUUAUAAGUUUACGUUUAAAUCUCAAUUUUAAAUUAAUAAAUACUUUUAAUAAUA